CUACAGCUGAUUUGCAUCAAGUGUCAACUUCUGACCACUGAGGAGUGAGAACCCUUCUUUACACUGCCAUGGCUUCCCCAACCAAAGAUGUCCUCACUGACCUAACUCCGUUCAUCAAAGUCUACACCGACGGCACCGUCGAGCGCAUCUUCAGCUUUCCAGACGUACCUCCCUCGCCGGAAGACCCCACCACUGGCGUCUCCUCCAAAGACACCACCAUCUCCCCAACCUUAUCCGCCAGACUUUACCUCCCGAAGCUCACCGACCCCACUCAAAAGCUCCCCAUCUUAGUCUACUACCACGGCGGAGGCUUCUGCGUCGACUCCGCCUUCUCUUUGCUCACCCACCGUUACAUGAACUUCUUGUCCGCAGAAUCCGGAGCUCUGGUUGUCUCCGUCCAGUACCGUCUCGCUCCUGAACACCCCCUUCCGGCGGCGUACGAGGAUUCCUGGGAAGCCCUCAAAUGGGUCUGCUCCCACGUGCUUGACCAAACCCAUUUGGAGAAAGAUGAGUGGAUCACCAGCCACGCGGAUUUUAACCGGCUUUUCAUCGGUGGAGACAGUGCCGGAGGUAACAUCACCCAUAACAUUGCUAUGCGUGCGGGGUCGGAGUCUUUACCCGGAAACCUGAAAGUCUUGGGUGCAAUUAUCUCAAAUCCCUUCUUCUGGGGCUCUCAUCCCAUCGGGAACGAACCAAGAGAAGAUAUAGAGCAGAGUGCCGCUUAUAGGCUGUGGUUCUUGGCAUACCCGUCUGCUCCCGGAGGCAUUGAUAGCCCAUUGAUCAAUCCGCUGGCUGAUGGAGCGCCGAGCUUGUCCGGGCUGGGAUGCUCCAAGAUUAUAGUUUGUUUGUCAGAGAAGGAUGUGUUAACGGCGAGGGGUUUAGUUUACGCAGAGGAAGUGAAGAAGAGUGGGUGGAAAGGCCAAGUGGAGGUGGUGGAGAUUGAAGGAGAGGAUCACUGCUUUCAGUUAUUUGAUCCUCAAACGGAAAAGGCCAAAUAUCUCAUCAGCCGUCUUGCUUCUUUCAUCUCACACUGAAAUUUAUGCCUUGUUUUUGCCCUUAAAUCGCUUGUUGGUUGAGUAUUACUCGGGUUUAUAUCAUAUAAAGAAAAAUUCUUGUUCGAAUCUAAUUUGGUCGAAAUAAAGUAAUCACAUUUAAUAUGUGAUUGGUCAA